AUGCUAUUUUCGAUUACUUUGGAAAAUCGUUAUUUACGUUUUUAUUCGCACAUUUGCUACGUCUGUCAAAAAGGCGGUCGACUGCUGGGCUGCGACUACUGCGAGCAAAGCUACCAUCCGCGCUGCAUUGAUGCAGACUUUCUCGAGUUCGAGGCGGAGCGCGGCGCCUGGCGCUGCCCGAUCUGCCGCGGCGAAGAUCCCUUGAAAAGCUUCGGUAACCGGCGGCUGAGCCGCACAGCUAUGAUGCGUUUGAUGAACACCAUGCAGCAAUGCAUUCGCGCGCAGUACAAAAUUUCGAAAGCGAACCGCGACGUUUUCCUUUGGUCGAACAUCAAGCUGCUGCGGCCGUUCUUGGUCGACCACGCAUACAACCGACUGGUGAAGAAGUACGGUGCCGGCCGCAAAAAGUUCGACACGCAGCAGUCAGGGAGCGAGACCGAGGAAGACGACGUGGAGCGCGGCGUGCGCGCGCCAAACCUCAGCAAGUCGCAACAGAAGCGUUUCGAGCGCUGGUACGAGAAGGCUGUCAAGGCCGGCAAGGGCCACAUCUUACAGGACGACGUGCGGCUGAAGGACUACCAGAAGGCCGGCGUCGGCUGGCUGCUCGAGUGUUUUCACCGGCGCUCGGGCGCGAUCCUCGCGGACGAGAUGGGGCUCGGCAAAACCGUGCAGACGCUCGCGUUCCUGUCCGCGCUGAAGGUUAUGGGUAUUACGGGUCCACACUUGAUCGUCGUGCCGCUGUGCACGGUUGGCAACUGGGCGCGCGAGAUCCGCCGCUUCGUGCCGCACUUGAAGUUUGUCAAAGUUUGCGGCAGCCGAUUCGAGCGCGACCACAUCAUGAACAGCCAAGUGACUGCGCAAGGUCUGCACGAUCUGUACAUCACGACCUACGAAACUGCUGUUACCGAAGAGUCGUUUUUCUGCGACACGUUCGACUGGCAGUGCAUAAUUCUCGACGAGGCGCACCGAAUCAAAAACGAGAGCGGCCGAAUCCGCAACUCGCUGAACCGCGUCGGCGCGAACAUGCGCGUGCUGCUUACUGGCACGCCGCUGCAGAACAACGUCAAGGAGCUAUUUACGCUUCUCAACUACCUCUUUCCCGAUACGCUCAAAGACAGCGACGAGUUCGAAAGACUCAUGAGCAGGCACCCGACCACCGGAAAGGAGCUCGCUAAAAGCGACGUCGACAACCUCGACAUCCACGCCGACAUUGUCGACGCACUCUCGCAGCUGCUCAACGAGCUGAUGUUGCGGCGCACCAAAGACUUGGUCGUCAACUUGCCGCCCAAAAUCGAGCACAACAUUUGGGUGCCGCUCUCGCAGCACGGCGCAAUUUGGUACAAGAAGCUGCUCGACGUCAGCGAAGCCGCGAUCCAGGCCAACUUCGUUCGCAAAAUUUUGGGCGCCGUCAUCAAGAUGCGCAUCUGCGUCUGCCACCCUUGCUGUCUCAUCAAGUUCGACACGCAGCUCAAAAAAUUCCAAGAAGCUUUCGCCGCUACGGAGCAUGAGAGCAAUCUCGUGCGCGACGCCAAAGAGCUCGCUGAGCUCAGCAACGAAGAGCACAUCAAGGCCAGCAACAAACUGGUCGUGCUCGACAAGCUGCUUACGCAGCUGCACCUGCUCAACUGCGAGUUCAGCUCCGAGUACCGCGAGAUGUACUUGCAGAACAUUCAAAACCACCUGAUCGAAACGCCGAUCAUCCACAAAGUCCUAAUUUUCACGCAGUUUCAGUUAGUUUUAGACGAGUUGGAGCGCUACUGCAAACAUAGAGGCUUUAGGUAUCUGCGACUGGACGGCGGCACCAACAAGAUGAUUCGAGAGCUAGACAUUCGGGAGUUCAACAACCCAGACUCCACGCACCUGCUCUAUUUGAUCUGCACGCGCGCGGGCGGAGUCGGCAUCAACCUAUACACUGCAAACCACGUAGUGCUCUUUGACGAAGACUGGAACCCGUUCAUGGACCUGCAAGCUAUUGACCGCGCGCACCGCAUCGGCCAGAAACGCAGCGUCCACGUCUGGAAACUCAUCACUGAGUGGACCAUCGAGGAGCGCAUGCGCAUGGCGUUCCGACGAAUGCAAAAAAUGAAGCUCGACCAAAUCUUCAUCCAGUCGUCGGCGCGCUCGAGCGGCGCGAAAGGGCUGCCGAACGAAGACUCGCCUGAAGCUUUGGAUUACGGAGCGAAGUCUGACGCGUACUUGAGGUCCAUGAAGCUUGAAGAACUCAGUAGACUUACACGCUACGGCCGCGAGGCUAUCAAAAGCGUCGUGAACGAAAGCGAGAACAUCUACGACCUCAGUUUCGACGAAGUUAUCAAUCGCAAGCGCAAAAGCUUACCU